GCUUACACAAAGAUAGAGAGAGGAAGGUCGCUCAAUCGAUCGUUGUGUGCCACUGCUUGGCUGCGAAGACUCAAGGUGGAUGAACUCUCUAGUGCGAAAAGCUGGAGUGAAGAAAGACAAGCAGAAGAUGAGGUGGUCUAUCUUCGUUUGCCUCUUUUCAGCUGCCAUGGCGGUGACAGCAUCGACUCUUCCUCAGGCGGCUGCAGGUGGCAAGCGUUGCUACUGUGAUAGCGACUGCGAAGACUAUGGAUACUGCAGUCAACGAGGCGUUUGUGAGGAUGGAUCACGGUUGUUACUGUGCUCCAGUGAUUCAGACUGCAGACGGGACUUCAGUCCCGCACACAGGUGCUGCAAUGGGAGAUGCCAAAGAACAAAGUGCUGUGUCCACAGUGACUGCAGAGCUCCGACGAGUAUCUGCUGUGUUCGUAGAUGCAUCCAGGCUGACUGUUGUACUAAUGCAGAUUGCCAUGUACGGCCUGGAGGUGCGCGCUUUUGCAGGAGCAGUACUUGUCAAUGGUGGUGAGCAGGAGACCAGCUGGGAUUCAGUGGGACUGUGCUGAUAGCUAGGCUGUGAAUGUAACCCAAAGGUUCUCCAUCCUGUUCUAUGUGCAAUUUCCGUCCUCGUCUUUCUUCUCUUCUCCCAUGCUUUGCUAGCAGUAGAUUCAAUCGAGCGUCUUAUCCUCACAGUUGAAUGAUGGUAAGAGGGUGGAUAUUGCGUGCAGUUUGCUCAUGUGCAAAUUUUUCAGCACGUUGUGAUGUAAGGUUCACCUUUUUGUUUUUGAGGUAACUUCAGCCGCGUCAAGAAACAAGUCAUCUUUUUCUUUUCCUUUUUUUAACGUCUUCUGGCGGUACUACCAAGGGUGAUAUCAGCAUCCCCCCUUAGUAUCUGCCCCACAGAUAGCUCCUGUCUCUUGGUGGGGGGCUACACCUUCUGGAAACCAGGUCCAGGGUUCCAUAAUAACGGACAAUAUACCAAGGCCAUUACCCAGCUUCUGCUCCAACAAGUAUCCUGUGACCGAGUUGAGAAUAGUACCAUAUGAGAGAAAGGGGUGGGCCUUGACUACUCCAGGGGGCACCAGGAGGUAGACCGCUAACGACUAAAGCUGACUUCG